AUUCCUUACCCAAUAGGCUGAAAUGAGAGCAAGAGGGUGGUUGCCUCAUUAACACCCAGCCUGGUCAAGUGAAAACUUGAACAAUGCCUUCAACACCAAAUUUACUCUUCAAAUAGAAGCAACAAUACAGAAUAGAAAUGGCUGUCUGUCGAUUGGUCUGUCUACCUCCCUACCUACCUUUCAUCUAUAAUUUCUGCUGCAUUUUUCUUCUCUGAAUCCUGUCUUGUAAAGGUUGCAAGAGAUACCGAGAAGCUGAUUUCUGCUGAAGGAUUUCCUUUAUUCAAUUCAUGAUGAGUCUGUCUUCAAGGCCAAACAUCCAAACCAUGCUGAUAUUCCUAAUGCUUCUUCAGCUGACCUUGGGGGUCUCGCUCCAAGAAACCUCCAAAUCAGCUCCUCAAGACUGGCUCCAAAGUGCAUGCAUGUUGAUUAUGUGUGCACCUAACAAUGGGGAUCCCAGAAGAGAAAUGGCUAUUCAAGGACUCCAACAGUUUUCAAAUCCAUCAGAACUUUUGGCUUUCUCUGCACCAAACCAAGAUAAACUGGGAAGUGGGACAAAUGAGCUUGAACUUCUUAAAUUGCAAAUAAAAGAACUUCGGAUUCAGAUGGACAUUCUCAAAGCUACCUUCGUCAAAGUUCAACAAGCUACCCUGGCUCCCAAUGGAAUGCUUGUGGGUGACAAAAUGUUCAAAAGAAGUGACUCUAAGGGAGAUUUCCAGGCCGCUACCGGCAACUGCGCACACAUGAAUGGCAAACUUGCCUUGCCAAGGAAUCCGGAAGAGAACGAAGCCCUCAAAAAAAUAUUAGAACAGCGUAACGAACGGGCCAUUCUGGGAACCAUGUACAGCACAGCUGAAAAGAAGUUUAAAGAUCUCAAUGGCCAUUCUCUACAAUUUUUCAACUGGGCUCCAGGAGAACCGAAUAAUCCUGGUUACGAAAAGUGUGUGGAAAUGCACCCGAAUGGCCAGUGGCAUGAUAGAAUUUGCGAUAUCGGCUGGGCAAUCAUCUGUGAAUUUAGCAUCUAAUGGACAUUGGGUUGGGGUAAGGAAAGAAAAAGAUUUCCACCAUAGAGCUGAAAAAGAAAGCUUAAUCUGUGUAUUGCACAUACAGUCUAGCAUAUGGCAACUAGGUCCCAAUCCAAUAGCUUCUCCUGUUUUCAGCAAGGAGAUCUGAAGUCAAGUUUUACUCUGUUGACUUCAGCCUUGUCAUUCCAACCGAAGUUGCCUUCUUCCACUUAAACCAACCACCUUGGAAUCCUUCCUCUGUCCUCCACUGAAGUAGUGACCUAAUUUGAGACUGCUUAGCUUUUACAAUCCAGCAUCAGAUAGAUGUUGCCAUCUUCCAAGUCUUCUCUAGCUUAGCUUAGACAGCAAAUCUUGCACGGAAACGUAGCAGCUUAUAGAUCCAUUUUCCAAUUUCUAAAUAAAUGCAUUUCCUGCCAGCAUUUGUUGCUUGAGACACUUUUUAAAUCUCCAUUGUAAAAGGUAAAGUUAAAGGUUCCCCUCGCACUUAUGUCCUAGUGGUUCCUGACUCUAGGGGGAGAUGCUCAUCUCCAUUUCAAAGCCAAAGAGCCAGGGUUGUCUGAAGAUGUCGCCGUAAUCAUGUGGCUGGCAUGACUAAAUGCCAAAGGAGCACAGAACACUGUUCCCACCAAAGGUGGUCCCUAUUUUUCUAC